AUGAAUUCCACCCAGUUCACUAACACCUCGACUCCCGCAAAUAUCACUUCUCUCACUAAAAUGGCGGUGCAGAAUUCUUCGCAUCGGGCUUUGUCGUUGAAAAGUUGCUCGUCUCUGAGGAACACCACAGCCGUCAGCUUAUUACGAUUAAGAAAAGGGUCCUCAGCAAGAGUCUUGUCUCUAUUGCAAGCGACUUGCUAUUCCACUUGCUCCGGUAUAGAAUAUUUCUCCUCUUCAAAACGGAGAUCGCGUGGGCCCGUCAUGGCUGGAAAGGGAAAAUCUGAAGGGGAGAAACAAGAAGAUGGCAAGUAUAAGCACACAAUUGAUCUCCCAAAGACUGCUUUUGGCUUAAGAGCCAAUUCCGUUGUGAGGGAGCCUGAAAUACAACGACUAUGGGAUGAAAAUCAGGUGUUCAAGAGGGUUGCCAGAAAAAAUACAGGGGGCAGUUUUGUGAUUCAUGAUGGCCCUCCGUACGCGAAUGGUGAUUUACAUAUGGGUCAUGCCAUGAAUAAGAUUUUGAAGGAUAUUAUCAAUCGAUAUAAGCUUCUUCAGAACUUCCAAGUUCAUUAUGUGCCCGGGUGGGAUUGUCAUGGCUUGCCAAUUGAAUUGAAAGUUUUGCAGUCACUAGACCAGGAUGCUAGAAAGGAGCUAACACCCCUAAAAUUGAGAGCAAAAGCAGCCAAAUUUGCAAAAUCAACCGUCAAGAAUCAGAUGGCAGCAUUUAAGCGUUAUGGCAUAUGGGGAGACUGGGACCAGCCAUAUCUCACUCUGGAUCCAGAAUAUGAAGCUGCUCAGAUUGAAGUGUUUGGCAAAAUGGCCUUGCAAGGGUAUAUCUACAGAGGCAGGAAGCCGGUUCAUUGGAGCCCGUCAUCUCGAACUGCCCUUGCUGAGGCUGAAUUGGAGUAUCCUGACGGGCAUGUUUCGAAGAGCAUGUAUGCCGUUUUUAAAUUAACCAGUGCCCCUACUUCAUCUAAAAUGCUGGAUGAAUUCAUUCCCAAUUUGGGAUUGGCUGUUUGGACGACAACUCCAUGGACUAUUCCUGCUAAUGCUGCUGUUGCUGUCAAUGCAAAGCUCCAAUACGCCGUUGUUGAAGUUGAUGCUAAUAACGUGGGCACCACUUCAUCAUCAACCGGUAAAGAGAAAAAAAUUGGGAAUAUCUUGAAGGAACAUAAGAAACUGUAUUUAGUUGUUGCAUUGGACCUUGUGCCAACUGUCGAAGAAAAAUGGGGUGUGAAGCUUACUGUGAAGACCACACUUACGGGUGCACAACUCGAAAAUUGCAGGUAUGUUCAUCCCAUAGAGGGCCGAGAAUGCCCAGUCGUUAUCGGUGGGGAUUACAUCACAACAGAAUCAGGAACUGGACUGGUUCAUACUGCCCCUGGCCAUGGUCAUGAAGAUUACAUCACUGGCCUCAAAUAUGAUUUGCCUGUUAUAUCCCCUGUGGACGAUGAAGGUGUUUUCACUGAAGAGGCUGGCCAAUUCAGUGGUUUGAACGUGCUUGGCGAUGGCAAUAUUGCUGUUAUCGAGUGCCUGGACAAGAACUCAUCAAUGAUCAUGGUUGAGCCAUACAAACACAAGUAUCCGUAUGAUUGGCGAACAAAGAAGCCAACGAUUUUCAGAGCAACUGAACAAUGGUUUGCUUCAGUGGAAGGAUUUCGUAAUGCUGCUAUGGAUUCAAUUGAUCACGUAAACUGGAUUCCCCCACAGGCACAAAAUCGAAUUUCAUCUAUGACGUCAAGUCGUUCUGAUUGGUGUAUCUCCCGUCAAAGGACUUGGGGUGUGCCUAUCCCGGUGUUUUAUCAUGUGGAGACAAAGGAGCCAUUGAUGAACGACGAAAUUAUUGAUCAUAUUAAGUCAAUAAUUUCACAGAAAGGAAGUGACGCGUGGUGGUACAUGAAGGUAGAGGAAUUGCUUCCAGAAAGAUAUGGCAAAGAAGCAUCUAGCUAUGUAAAAGGAACGGAUACUAUGGAUGUUUGGUUUGACUCAGGUUCUUCAUGGGCUGCUGUUCUGGCAAAGAGAAAUGAUCUUAGUUACCCUGCAGAUCUCUACCUUGAGGGUACUGACCAGCAUCGUGGCUGGUUCCAAAGUUCAUUGUUGACAAGUAUUGCCACAAAUGGAAAGGCUCCAUAUUGUGGUGUCAUUACACAUGGAUUUGUACUUGAUGAGAAAGGCUUCAAAAUGAGCAAAUCUCUAGGAAAUGUUGUUGACCCAAGAACUGUGAUUGAGGGAGGGAAAGAUCAGAAGGACGGAUUUGGUGCAGACGUACUUCGCCUCUGGGUUUCGAGUGUAGAUUAUACGAGUGAUGUGAUGAUCGGGCCUAGCGUUCUACGUCAAAUGUCAGACAUAUACAGGAAAUUAAGAGGAACUUUGCGUUUUCUUUUGGGGAACCUGCAUGAUUGGAAUGCUGAUUAUGCUGUUACUUACACCGACCUGCCAAAGAUAGAUCAAUAUGCUCUAUUUCAACUUGAAAGUGUUGUGAAAAACAUCAAAGAGAGCUACGACAGCUAUCAAUUCUUCAAGAUUUUUCAGAUCAUUCAGCGAUUUGUUGUUGUUGAUCUCUCAAAUUUUUACUUGGAUGUUGCUAAAGAUCGACUUUAUGUGGGAGGAACCACUAGUUCUACGAGGAGGAGUUGCCAAACCGUCCUUGAGGCACAUUUGAUCUCCAUUGCGAGGAUUAUUGCACCAAUUUUGCCACAUUUGGCUGAGGACGUGUGGCAGAAUCUUCCUUUUCCAUUCACUGCUGAAGAUGGAUGUUUGGCCAACUUUGUCUUCGAAUCAAGAUGGCCUUUGUUAAAUGAAAGACAUCUAGCGUUCCCAGAGGAAGAGGUUAAUUUUUGGGGUACAAUUCUUGAGCUGAGAACUGAGGUAAACAAAGUGCUUGAGAUUGCACGUACGAAGAAGUUGAUUGGUUCCAGUUUAGAAGCAAAGGUUUAUCUCCAUGCAUCAGAUGCUGGCCUGCUUUCGAGAUUAGUCAACAUGUGUGAAGCUGAAAAUGAUGCGGACGCGUUGCAUAGAAUCUUUUUAACAUCUCAGGUGGAAAUUCUUCCUUGUGUGGACAAUGUGAGCGGAGAUGAGAUACCCUGCACGGGAGAAUAUGUUGUUGAAAAUCAAGACAAAGUGUGGAUUGGUGUUUCACGUGCAAAUGGGUCGAAAUGCGAAAGAUGCUGGAAUUUCUCGCCUGAAGUCGGUAAUUACCAAAACCACCCUACACUUUGCGGCCGUUGUCAUGGUGUGGUUGUCAGCCAGCCAAUCCCGGCUCUUGCUGCCGCUAGCUAG